UUGAAUUCUGUGGAUAGAGUACUCAACCGUCAUGAUCCCACAUGUAUACAAAAAUUUCGUCUUGUGGCAAGGUGGAUGAGUAUCAGUAUAUCACGUAUUCAUUCAUGGACAUCUACUGCAACAAGUCAUAAGGUUCUAGAGCUUGACCUUGCCCUACCUGCUGAAACACUCUUCAUGUUCCCUAAUAGUCUUUUAAGUGCUGAGUCACUCAACAUACUGAAAUUACUAACGUAUUCAAAGCUGGUGGUUCCAAGUUUCAUACGCUUGCCCAACCUUAAGACCUUGCACUUUGCGGUUGAAUUUUCAGAAGAUCAUACCGGCCAAAAACUCUUUUCUGGUUGUCCAGUUCUACAAGAGUUGGGUUUAAUCGACUGCUACUGGAAGCAUACUGAGAGAGACACCAUUUCUAUACCCUAUGUAAGACAAUUAUAUAUUUAUGAAAAUGGCUAUCCAGAUGAUUACCCUUAUACAGAUCGAAGAGAGACUCUCCAUGAUUGUGAGGUCUUUAUUUAUGCAGAAAAUCUUGAGUAUUUUGAUUGCUCGAGUUAUUUGACUGUUGACAGUAUCUUUGUGUAACAUAUCUUCAAA